AUGGCACAAUUGCUUCGUGGAUGGUCGAGUAUCGAUCCUCGGUUCAAAUACAUUCGCCCGGUCGUGUACACGGUGAGUCGUGUGAACUUUUCCGGUUUCACGACCGGUAAUGGCAGCGGUGGCAAUGGAAGUGGAAACGGAGGUAGCAGUCAUUCUACGGCAUGGUCGCGGUACAACUAUUACCGGCACCAGGAGUUCCUAAGACCACCGAACUCGAGCGGAUGGCAAUAUUACGGCCAACAGCGCAGUUAUGGCAUGCUACUGGGGCGCGUGUUAAGGGGUGUCCUGAAGUUGCGCUAUCUGGUCCUGGGCAGUGCCAUCGGUGGUGGUGUAACGCUCAACAAACGAUACGAGGAAUGGAAGGAUGGUCUGCCGGAUAUGAAAUGGCUCGAGGAAGUUCUGCCCGACAAUGAGAAAUGGGCCGGCUUUACGAAAAAUCUUCUCGCUGUAAAAGACGCUGUUAAAGACUCCAUCGAAAUAGAUCCUCGGAUAAAGCAGCUUAGCGAGCAUAAGCUGAACGAGUGGCGGCAAUGGUUUGAUCAGCGUCUGGACAAUGCAAUCGAGGCGGCAGAAACGCAACAGAAUCCACAGAUUGAGAGUUCCUUCCAGAAUCUAUCAGAAUUUAUAUCUGAGCUAUAUGGAGCUACCAAAGAAGAGCUAAAAGCAAAAAAUACGGUAAACGCGAAAGGUUUGAAUGCCGACGAAAGCCGCAAACGGGUCGACACUCUGCAGGCGCAGGUCGAUUCACUGCAGACGGAAAUCAUGAACGUGCAGCUAAAGUACCAGCGUGAGGUAGAGAAGCUCGAAAAGGAAAACCGAGACUUACGGCAACAAUUUUUGAUACUGAGAACGAACCGCAAACAACCAACCAAGAAGCGCAUAAAGAAAUCGUUAAUCGACAUGUACUCCGAGGUGCUGGAUGAGCUGUCCGGCUAUGAUACGAGCUACACUACAGCCGAUCACUUGCCGCGUGUGGUGGUGGUCGGUGAUCAAAGCAGUGGUAAAACGUCGGUCCUGGAAUCGAUUGCUCAGGCACGUAUUUUCCCGCGGGGCAGCGGUGAAAUGAUGACCCGGGCGCCGGUAAAGGUAACACUAUCGGAAGGACCGUACCAUGUGGCACAAUUUCGCGAUUCCGAACGCGAAUACGAUCUAACGAAGGAAAGCGAUUUGGCGGAGUUGCGGCGUGACGUUGAGAUCCGGAUGCGCAAUUCGGUGCGUGGUGGCAAAACCGUCAGCAUGGACGUGAUUUCGAUGACGGUGAAGGGACCGGGACUGCAGCGUAUGGUACUGGUCGAUCUUCCCGGUAUCAUCUCUACGCAGACCGUCGACAUGGCACCAGAUACACGUGAUCAAAUCAAACACAUGACCGAACACUACAUGAGCAAUCCGAAUGCAAUAAUAUUGUGCAUCCAGGAUGGUUCGGUGGACGCGGAACGUAGUAACGUAACCGAUCUCGUAUCACAGUGCGACCCACUCGGCAAACGAACGAUCUUCGUGCUAACCAAAGUCGAUCUGGCCGAAGAUCUGGCCGAUCCGAACCGCAUACGGAAGAUACUUUCCGGCAAACUGUUCCCGAUGAAGGCGCUCGGUUACUUUGCCGUAGUGACAGGACGUGGCCGUAAGGACGAUAGCAUCGAAACGAUACGCGAAUAUGAGGAAAAGUUUUUCAAAAACUCCAAACUAUUCCAGAGUGGCGUCACAAUGUCCCAUCAGGUGACAACGAGAAACCUCAGUUUAGCUGUGGCCGAUCGUUUCUGGAAGAUGGUACGUGAAACUAUCGAACAACAAGCAGAUGCGUUUAAAGCAACUCGCUUUAACCUAGAAACGGAAUGGAAAAACAAUUUCCCACGGUUGCGCGAAUCCGGCCGUGAUGAACUUUUCGAAAAAGCCAAAGGUGAGGUGCUGGAUGAGGUCGUCAACUUGUCGCAAGUUUCUGCCAAAAAGUGGGAAGAAUUGAUGAACAGCAAGCUGUGGGAGAAGUUGUCCAGCUACGUGUUUGAAAACAUCUACCUUCCGGCAGCCCAAUCCGGUUCCCAAAAUUCGUUCAAUACGAUGGUAGACAUUAAAUUGCGUCAGUGGGCUGAGCAGGCGCUGCCUGCGAAAUCCGUUGAAGCCGGUUGGGAGGCGCUUCAGAAAGAAUUCCAACACCUCAUGGAGGUAGCGCGCCGAACACCUGAUCACGAUGAUUUGUUUGAUAAUUUGAAGAGUGCCGUCAUUGACGAAGCUAUUCGAAGGCACUCCUGGGAGGAUAAAGCGAUUGAUAUGCUGCGUGUGAUACAGCUCAACACGCUGGAGGAUCGGAGCGUACACGAUAAGCAAGAGUGGGAUCAGGCGGUGCGCUUUUUCGAAGCAUUCGUGAAGGAUAAGCUACAAGCGACGGAAAAAACGAUCGGCGAAAUGUUCGGCCCCUCCACCAGUGAAAAAUGGCUCCACUGGCGUUCGUCAACGGAGGAGCAGAACAAACGACGGAAUGUGAAAUCGGAGCUGGAUAAAAUACUCGACAGUGACUCGAAACAUUCGCCUACACUCAGCUACGAUGAGCUGACUACGGUGCGGAAAAAUCUGCAACGGUGCAAUGUGGAGGUAGAGACGGAUUACAUCCGGGAGACGUGGUAUCCCAUCUACAGGCGGCAUUUCCUUAAGCAAGCACUGAACCGAGCGUACGAUUGCCGGAAGGCAUACUACCUGUACUCGCAGCAGGGCAACGAUUGCGCAGUGAACUGUAGCGACGUGGUACUAUUCUGGCGCAUUCAGCAGGUCAUCAAGGUGACGGCUAAUGCACUCCGCCAGCAAGUAAUCAACAGAGAGGCACGCCGCUUAGAUAAGGAAAUCAAGGAAGUGUUGGACGAGUACGGAGAAGACGACGAGAAAAAGCUGCAACUGCUUACUGGCAAACGUGUUCAGCUAGCAGAGGAACUGAUUCGUGUACGACAAAUUCAGGAAAAGUUGGAAGAGUUCAUAAACGCUCUUAAUCUAGAAAAGUAA